CCCUUGUCAAAGUCUUAGUGGAAGCUGGGCGACUACAGAUGAAAAAUGGACUGCUGUCCAGUCAUGGUCUCAGAUCUGCCAGUGGUGUGUAGUAGGAUUGAUGGAGUAGUAACAGUUGUGAAAGCAGAGCCAAGCAACUUCAAGUGUCACGGUCGGUACUGGGAGACCCGGGAGGACCGCAAUAAGCGACUGUUCAGACAUUACACUGUGGGAUCGUAUGACAACUUCACCUCAUACAGCGACUACAUCGUGGAGGAGAAGAACGCUGUUUUGCAAAAGAAAGAAAAUGAGGGGUUUGGUUUUGUCCUGCGGGGAGCCAAAGCCGAGACUCCCAUUGAAGAAUUCACCCCCACCCCAGCAUUCCCUGCCCUGCAGUACUUGGAGUCUGUGGAUGUGGAGGGGGUGGCCUGGAGGGCUGGUCUCAGGACGGGGGACUUCCUUAUUGAGGUGAACGGGGUGAAUGUGGUGAAGGUGGGCCAUAAACAGGUGGUGUCCUUAAUCCGGCAGGGUGGCAGCCGACUCCUGAUGAAAGUUGUUUCUGUCACACGCAAGCCGGAGUCAGAUGAAGUAGUUCGGAAGAAAGCUCCCCCUCCACCCAAGCGGGCUCCCAGCACCACCCUGACGCUGCGCUCCAAGUCCAUGACGGCUGAGCUGGAGGAACUGGCUUCUGCUCGGAGAAGACGAGGAGAAAGACUAGAUGAGAUGUUGGCAUCGCAGGAAUCUAUGUUGCAUUCUCAGCCCCCGGAGGCCGAUUACAGAGCAGCCACUGUCAAACAACGGCCUACCAGCAGGAGAAUAACACCAGCAGAGAUCAGUUCACUGUUUGAGAGACAAGGGAUGACGCUACAUGGAGGUCUGCACCCUGGGAUCGAGAGGGGUCACAUACCACUCCCUAAAGGCAUGUCCAGGACCAAGUCUUUUGGUGCCACAGAAGAGGAUAGACUGUCAGCACUUGCAGGCGAGCACAGAUUUCCACGUAGUUCCUCUAUGACAGACAGCCUCCGAGACCACUCACAACCCCAUCCUAUCCCUCCACCUCCUCAGACGGCACCUCCACCGCCACCUUACUACUUAGACACAGGUCCUCCUCCAGCUUUUUGCCCUCCUCCUCCCCCUUCUAGGACCCAGAGUCAAGGCCAUGAACCUGGAGGCCGUUCCAGCUUCAAGCCAUCCUCUUUGGACCUGCCUUAUGAAGCUGCUCAGCGGCAAGCCACACACCUCGAGAGACAAAAGAAAGCUCGCUCGAUGAUCAUCCUGCAGGACUCCUCCCAUCUACCUGUAGAACCUACAGAAAUUCCCCGUCCCUCUGCUGCUACUCCUCCAGAGCGAAUCAAAAGAAAGGGGAGGGUAAUCGACAACCCUUACGCAAAUGUGGGUCAGUUUAGCAUCGGACUGUUCACACCCACAAAGCCCCAAAGAAAGAAAAGUCCUUUGGUGAAACAGCUACAAGUAGAAGAUGCACAAGAAAAGGCUAGUCUGGCCUUAGCUGCUGCCCACUCGCGAGAAAGCUCACCCUCAGGACGACACCCACGUGGGCACACGCAUACCAGCCGCGUCGACUACUACCAGCAGCAGCUCAUGGCCGAACGGGAGCGACUGCGAGCCCAGGGAGAGAUGAUCUUUCAGGGUAAAGGCCCCUUCGCUGCUGCGAUUGCUGGAGCAGUGAAAGACCGUGAGCGUCGCUUAGAAGAACGGAGGAAAUCCACUGUCUUCCUUUCUGUUGGGACUAUGGAAGGGUCGCCCACAACCAGCCCUGACGCCCCCUCUUUGACUCCGUCUCACUCUAUCGAUGAACGGCUGCUAACCCGAGAGCUUGGCCAGCUUCCGCCACCUGCUUUAACUCUGAGCCCCUCACCUAGUGGGACCACCUUUAUCCAUCCACUUACAGGAAAGCCUCUGGACCCAAAUUCGCCACUGGCUCUUGCGCUGGCCGCAAGGGAGAGGGCGCUGACCUCUCAGAGUCAGUCCCCGACUGGCAGCCCAGAGCCUCGGACUAAACAAGAGCGAGUAGGCCAGGUUGUAAUGUUCUCUGACACUCAGACCAAAGAGUCUCCACAUGGGGAUGGGGCAGCUGCAUCUCCCCCUUUUUCACCUAAAAGCGCCAAGGCAGCAGGGUAUGGCACUCCAUCCUCCCCAGCUAGUAUUUUAGCUGCUCAACCCACUAAACCCCAGUGGACUACAUCAUCAUCACCGAUAUCAUUCCGUCAAGAGAUGGAAGCCAGGAUUGAGGAGAGGAAGGAGGAAAAGAGACUGGAGGACAAAAAAAGUAUGUUGAUCAGUAUUUUGGAUACAUCACAGCAGAAGACAGCAGGGCUGAUCAUGGUUCAUGCGACCAGUAAUGGUCAGGCUGUUGGUGUGGGGUCCGGGGCUGAACAGACACCUGUGCCUACGAACAUAGAGCCUAGCAAAUCACUGAGUCCACGGGCUAAAUCCCCCAUUCCCACUGUACUCCAGCCCCAAACUCAGCUCCAGGUUCAGCCUCAAACUCAGCGUCCUGCCAGUCCCGCCCAAGAGAAGAGCCUGGCUCAGGGAAGCUCAGAGGAGGAUGUGGAUGCUUACACAGUCACCCUACCACCUGCUAUGUUAUCUUCCAGCGAUGAGGAAACAAGAGAGGAGCUACGCAAGAUCGGGGUGGUUCCUCCACCGGAUGAGUUCUCAAAUGGGUUAAUGGCCCUGGCACAGGGGAUACCAGUAUCACUUGCUAAGACUGCCCCUUCUCCUGCCACACCAGCCACACCAACACCCCAAACUCCCUCAACUCCAACAACCCCAACUGUGACAACCACCCAGCCUCAGCCUCCCCAGCCACCACCUCCACCCAGUGCAGCAGCUGUCUCAGGGAAAACCUCGGACCCUCUGGAGCCCCCACCAGUGGGCGAGGCUGGUUCUGCAGCUGACUCGGGUGUGGAGGAGGCUGACACGCGCAGCUCCAGUGACAGAGAGAGAGACCACCAUCUUGAGACCACCAGCACCGUCUCCACAGUUUCCAGCAUGUCCACGUUGUCCUCAGAAAGUGGCGAGCCUGCUGACACGCACACCACGCACACCUCCUAUGCUGACGGGCAGACUUUUGUUCUUGACAAGCCGCCAGUGCCUCCAAAGCCUCGACUCAAAUCCCAGAUAGGAGGCAGCAAAGGCCCCGUCACCUUCAGGGACCCUCUGCUAAAGCAGAGCUCUGACAGUGAGCUGCUAUCCCAGACACAGGCCGCUGCGCUGGCUGCCGCCGCGGCUGGCGGAGCCGGGCUUCCUGCAGGUGGUUCCGCCUCAGUGACCGGUCUAGCUCCCACUAAGCCACGCUAUCUCUUCCAACGGAGGUCCAAGUUGUGGGGAGAUCUGGUAGAGCCCCGAGGCCCAGGGGUAGGGCUAGGUAUUGGGAGUUUGGGCAAUCUUGGUGGGCUAGGGCUCGGGCUUGGUGCAGACGAGGGGACGAAACCAUCAGUUAUGGGAGAGCUCAGUUCACGUCUACAACAGCUAAGUAAAGACACUAGGUCUCUGGGUGAGGAGCCGCUGGGAGCGUCUCUUGACCCUGGGAGGAAGUCACCUGUGGCAGGUGCAAGACUUUUUAGCAGCCUAGGCGAGCUACACACCCUUUCCCAGAGAAGCUACGGAACCACAUACACCAUCCGCCCUGGCAGCCGUUACCCCGUCACCAGACGCACCCCCAGCCCAGGUUCAUGCUCGCCUGAUCGGGGUGACCCCCUUGGACGAUUCUCAGGCUUCGGCCUGCCAUCCUCACCGACUACGCCGCCGCAAACCAUCCUCAAGUCCUCUAGCCUCAGCCUUCCGCAGGAGCCCAAAGAGGUCCGCUUUGUGAUGAGGAGCUCCAGCGCCCGCUCCCGCUCCCCGUCGCCUUCGCACUCCCCUGGCUUAGGCUCGCCGCUUUUAGCCCUUCGACCCUUCCACCAGAAACCCCUCCACCUUUGGAACAAGUACGACGUCGGCGACUGGCUCGAGAGCAUCAACCUGGGGGAGCACAGAGCCGGCUUCCAGGAACACGAGAUCGAAGGCUCCCACCUCCCAGCUCUAACCAAGGAUGACUUUGCAGAGCUGGGAGUGACGCGGGUCGGACACCGUAUGAACAUCGAGCGAGCACUUAAACUGCUGCUAGAGAGCUGACCCUUGCCCUGAGAAAGAGCAACGGAUGGACGACAUGCAUAUUGAAUUUAGGUAGAGGAGAACUGGCGGACCAGUGAACGCUGCUCCUCUUUUACUCCAGCGGCUUUUAUGUUCAGUAUUAAAAUGUUCACCUCUGGUUCCUAAUGACACUUUCUGUUCCGCGUUAACAGCCUGCACCUGGCAAUGCACUGAUGAGGAGGAGGCAAUACUCAUACGAUGUACAUUCAUCCACUUUUGCUUAGCCCUUACUUAUGUCACAGCCCCACCUUCUUGCCUGGAGCUAAUCAGAGCAGACAUCCCGAAGAGGGUAUCUGGCCUUUUUUUUUUUUUUUUUUUUUCGCUAAGGAGAAUCACCGGAGCUUCAAUUAGGUCAUUUGAUUUGAGAAAAAGUCCAGUUGUUUCCUUAGUAACACCCACAUGUUCUCACUGCACCCUCUCUACCUCUCUCCCCUCUCGUACUAGGCCUCUGAAAGCCUUUGGCAGUUUGAGUAAAGGAGGAGGAGGAAGGAUUCUCGUUCCAAACCGAAAACUCAGUUGCCUUUCAAAAAUGUUUCUACUGAAAUCAACUCUGACGAACACAGUGCUAUGGAAGUAGUGCUAACACAGCUCUGAGAAGUUGUGUCUUCUGAAUACCUGCUAUCGUUUUUAAACCGAAGACUUUUGAGUCCAGAGGCGGAGCCCCGCAGGAGGAGGACCCCCACGCCCACCCCCUCCUCUGCCCUGGUACCAAGACUGUGCAAUCUAUAAUAUUUGGAGAAUGUUUAACCAACACUCGUGGCUUUUUUCAUAAUUAAUUUUCUGAUUUUUUCCAAAGGGAAUAUUAUAUAUAUUACUAUUAUAUGGCAUAAUAUGAUAUAUAUGUAUCUAAAUAUAGCUUUCCGAUGAAAAGACAAUGUCGCAAAGAAAAAAAAUGUAGUAGAUGACUCUGCAGCUGUUUUUGGUUUUAGAAUAGAAGACAGAAAGAAGUCUUUAAAUCUAUUCCACCGAUAGUUUACUCAUUUCUACAAGUUAUAUAUAUACAUAUAUAAAUAUAUAUAUAUAUUUGAAAGAAAACAAGAUAUAAAUACAGAAAAAUUAAUUUUUUUAUCAUACAUAUAGAAAUCUCCGUAUGGUCACCCUUUCUUGAAGCGUAGCAUGACGAGUUGCAUAAUGUUCUGGACAGUUUGUUGUGCGUUUUUAUUUUGUUUACGGUCUUCCGUCACACUAAAGGGCAUCCCGUAAUGUGAGGCUAAGACCCCAGCUCAGACCCAUCCCUACUGCUUCAGUCUCAGAUUUUAAUGACACAUUGUCAGAGGGGGCUAACGAGACAGAUAAUGGGGGAGAAUUAGUUAUUCCUUCCUGUAGAAAGUUUGUAUUUUUUUUUUUCUUUUAAGGAUUUAAAUAAUUGUAGUACACAACGAAGGAGAUAUUCAUGAAUAAGCAUGGGCUGGAAAGAGAUUCUGCAGGUAUGACAAUCUUGCUUAAAAAAGAUGGUUUCCGUUUUCUCUCAGAAGUUGAAAUCUUCAGACUUGAACUUGGUAUUGUUAUCAAAAGAUGGAAUAUGAAUUGGGAAAAAAUCUGAGGUUUUUCAACAACCGCGUCCUGACAAGCCAAAAUAGCUGCCACCGUUCCUUUGAAAUUGUAAAAUUUGUAUCCAGUGAAAUCUUUUGACACAUACGCACAACCUCCAUUAGCGAACACAUGACUCUCACCUGCUUCAGUUUGCAGAAUAGCUUUUCCCUCUUAGAAGUUUCCAGAAAAAGUAAAAAUCAAUGUUCUUUAAAAAUGCUUUUGGCUGCUGGAGUUCCUAUUUAUCUGUUUUACCAAGCAAACGGUUGAUGCCACAAAUUCUUCUGAGCCACCAGUUCAAGCACCAUGGAUAAUGAUCGCUACAGUGGUACUAGCUGACAACAGCGUUAUUUAAGCCAUUGCUUUAAUUUUGGUGCAUACACUACCUCUCAAACGUUUGGAGUCACUUAUAAAUGUCCUAAUAUUUCCAAUAAAAGCACCAUUUUCUUCAAUUAAGAUAACAUAAAAUGAAUCAGAAUCAGUCUAGACGUUGUCAAUGGUACGCUGUCUGUAAUGGGGUGGCCAGCUCAGUCACCAGAUCUCAACCAUGUUGAGGUGUUGAGGGAACAGCUUGACCGUAUGGUGCGUAAGAAGUGCCAAUCAGGUCAGUCCAACUUAUGGGAGGAGCUUAAGGAAGCAUGGGGGGGAAUUUCCUUAGCAAACAGUUGGAAAACCAAAAGUCUGCGAGGCCGUAUUUCCUGCAAAUGGGGGAUUGUUUGGUGAAAGCAAAGUUUGAAGGAUAAAAUUAUUAUAUCAAGUACAAAUCAUUAUUCCUCACCUUUGUAUUUUGUAUUCAUUUUGCAACUCAUUUGAUUAAUAACAUGUUAGGUUUCUUGGAAAAACAGGAUGACCCCGAAGCAGAUUUGAGCAAAACUACCUGCUAAAUUAAGCAUUUUUCAAGUCGCAGCAUGACUGUCUGGGUUGCUCCCAACUAGAAAUGUUUUCAAAUAGCCAAAUUGGUCUUUCUUGUAGCAACAGGUGGAGGAGGGGCAGCACCGUGCUCAUCUUUAUUCCAUGCAGCUUGAGAAAAUUCAGAUACUUUGUCUGGCAUCUAAUCGAAAUAACUUUUUCUCCCAUCAGAACGGAAUGAUAUGAGAAAGCAUUUAGAAAACUUUGGUAUGCCAUCGUAGCACUAACCGGCCCAUGCCUAUUGUGAUGCAAAAAAAAGUGAACGAUAUUCCUGGAGGUCAUGAAAAAACGCCACAUAGCAUAAAUCCUUACCAGACAGGUCUAUAAUUCUUUCAGCAGUGGGGAUGGGUAAGCUAGUGAAAGGUCUUAAAGAAAAUUCAGUAUUUUACAACCUGAACGUGCAGCUGCUUUCCUUUAAGGUAUAACAAUAUCUUAGUGAGUGAAAUAUUAUCAACCAGAACUAUAAAAAUAAACCCAGGUUGUAAAACGGAGGGAGGAGAAGAAAAAAAAGAAGCUGAAUUUUCUUUCAACAAUACCAAUCUGUAAUUGUACUCAUGAGCAGCUUCUGCUGGCAGUGAGAACCAGUGAGUUUUAUUCAUGCUACAAAAAGAAGAAAAAAUAAUUUUCCGCAUUCUAGCUGUUUUUUCUGACAGAAUGCCAGGAAGUGUCUGUUGCCACUAAAAACCUGCUCAUCAGAAGCAUUCAGCCAAGGCACUUUCACUUGGCAAAAAAAAAACUUGUGUGCACCUUUCCUUUUCACCCCUCUAUCCGUUCCGAAAAGCAGGCGGUGAAUAAAAUCAGUAUCUAGGAAUUGUAGGAAUAGCACUCACUGCCUCACUGUGACCUCGCUCUUUAUUUUCCUUCAAACUCCAGUGUUACGUCCUCCUUCUGUUGCUGACUUUUGUUACCUUCGGCCACUGUGGGUAGAUUUUGUAGCGUGUGGAACAUGAUAUUUUACUCAUUUGAAUUUUAGAGUGGCGGGGAGAAAGAGGAUAAAAAAAAUAAUCUCCUGUCCAUUCUGGACAUACCUACACUUGUAAAAAAAAAAAAGGAAAAAAAAAAAAAAAAAGAAAUGAACACACUACAAAUAUUUGGUUUUUUAAAUCACAAGCAAUGUAUAUAUAAUAGAUUUCAUAUAAAUUUUUUGAAAAGUAUAUAGAUCUAUAUAUGAAUGUUUGGCAUAUAUGCAUAGUUAACCACCUGUGGGAAAGGUGAGCAGAUUUUAUUCUUUCUAUGAACUCUUGAACUUUUGAACUCUGAACUAUGAACUAGGGGAUGAUUUGCACAAAAACAAGGUGACAAGGUGCUAACAUAAAAGCCACCCAUCGUCCAAGCGCAUGAGUGCAUCUGGAUUCCCCCGAAUCUCUCUGUGUGCUUGUUCCUCUUCACCGUGCGCGUGUGAAUGCGUGUGCACGUGUGCCGACUGCUUGUUUCCUUUCACGUCUGCGUAUUUGUUUGGGAGUGAGAUGCGGAGAAUGCAUGCGACCUUGAGAGUGCGGUUAAUUGUUGGGGUUUACAUCUUUGGCGUUAGUCCACUAUAGCCUUACUGUACCAUCAGAGAUUGCCGGCUGUGGCUGUGUCACACAAUUACACUCGCGUGCACACACACACAUACACACAUACAUACACACACACACACACACACACACACACAAGCAAUCACACACAUGCACACACAUAAAAAAGGAAUGCACACAUUCAUCUUUAACACUGAAGCUCAUUGUUGUGUAUUGUGCUUUUGUGCAGAGUUAUGUCUUCAAAAAGUGGACUGUUUCUGCCCAAGAGGGAGAGACAGACAGAGAGAGAUAAGCAAAACACUGUCAAAUUUUCUACGCCCGAGUCGAGACAAAACGAUCUCACCUUGUAACUGCGUAGGUGUGACUCCUUAUGCAGUGUCACUAAUUCUGUACAGCCUUGCCCGAAUGGCGUUUCCACUCCGCUGCACUCUGUCUGGCAGCUCUCCUUUUUCCUUUUUCAGACUUUCAGCUUCUGAGUUUUCAAUAUGCUAUAUGCGAUGAUCCAGUGAGGAACAAACAAACACAAAAAAUGUGCCAAAAAGUAACUUAACUGUACAUUUGUUUUUUUGUUUUUUUGCUUUAGGACUAUCUUAGUUACAGCGUUCUUAAGCUGUUGUGUAUUAUGACAAUAUGGUGCCAUCUCCUGGUAAUCUUGAGAACUGACAUUUUAUUGAUCCUUUGGUAUUUUCCUGUAGGUGGAAUAACGUGCAUCUCAGUAAAUAAUUGAAAGGUUUCUUAAUUUCUGUCAUCAGUGAAACUCACGUUUCUAAUAGAUUUAUUACACGCACACACGUCUAAAUUUCGAUUGUUCUGUAAAAUGUGAUGAUUGUGGCUUGCAGCUUAAAGAAAAUCCCAAAUUCAGUUGAUCAGAAAAUCGACUUCAUACAUAGGAUCAAACAAAACAGAACUUUUAAAACAGAAACGAUAGCCUGCAGGACAGUAUAUGCACCCAACACCUGGUCUGGCCUCCUUUUGCUUUUUGCAUGAAUCAUUUUUGCACCAAUGUUGUGAGGCAUGGAGGUGAUCAGCCCAUGGUUCGGAUGAAUUUUAAAAGGGCUUUAAUAGUGGACUUCAGCCCGCUGUCAUGGUUGGCUCUGCUGUUUCCCAUCCUCCUCGUGAUAACAACUCUUAGUCAUUAUGUUAUUUUUGAAGUCGAGUACAGUGAUGGUCAUUAAACUGGGUGUUGGCACUUCUGGAUUUGGAUCUGGAUAGGUAUGGAGUCCUGUUAGUGAAUUGAAUCAACAUCUCUGGAAAGCUUGUCAGCAGAGGGGAGCAUGAAAUAUCACCAGUUUCUUGGUAGACGUUGGCUUUUGACUUGAUAAAACCUCGAUUACCAACACCUAAAAUAACACGGCUCUCUAAAUCAUGCUCGACCUCAAGCUUUAAUUCUCUGCCUCCCCACUCUUCUUCCAGACACAUUAUUUUCCUUUUUAUGAUCACCAAAUGAAAUGGAGAAUUUACUUUCAUCUGAAGAAAUGACCCUGGGCCACCGGGCAGGAGUCCAGUAUUUUUUUCUCCCUAGCUCAGUUAAUUAAGAUGCUUCUGAGGUUGUCUCAGGAUCAGGAGUGGCUUAAACGCAAGCUAUGCGAUAUAUAUUUCUGCCAUGGCCUGAAUACGUCUCUGUGUCCACCCCUUGUAAAUUUCCCAAAACUUUAAUCAACUUUAAUUCACAGUCCUCUCAAGGCUGCCUUCAAACCUGCUACUUGUACACCCCUUUUUUGCCAUACAUUUUUCUUCCACUAAACUUUCGAUGUAUCUGCUUGCAUUCAGCACUCUGAACGAGCAACUUCUUUAGCAGUGAUGUCAAUGACUGCCUACUGGACAAUUGUCUGCAGUCUUACCGAGGAUUGUGUAGGUCAUAACGUAACAUCACUGCAUCAAAAAUCUUUUUUUUAAUAGCUCUCAAAUUAUUUUCUACUGUGUGUGUAAUGUGAAUCUAUAUAAUAACUGAGUUUCACUUUUUGAGCUCAAUUACUAAACUUUCCAAUUAUAACAUUUAAGGAGAUGCACCUGUAUUCGUUUUUUUUUUUUUCACAAAGACACAGGCUUUAUAGAUGUCAUAUUAAUUUAUGUAUGUAUAAACAUAUAUACAGCCUGCGUGUUUCCACUUUAACGUUUGUCUUUAGAUUUUCGAGUCAUGGCGACACAGUCACUUGAUUCGAAUGCUAAAGAGUUACUGUUCCCAGAAAACGUCUGAUCUCGGACACAGGCUGGCCUGAUCAGACGAAGGGUUGAGCCGGGUUUUUGUGGAGGUUUGCUGCGAAUGAACAAAAAAAAAAAAAAAGACGUUCAAGUAAGCAGCGAGUUACAGACGGACACAUCAUUAGGUCAAGUUCUGCGAAGUUGUUCUCUUCAUAUUUCUUAAUCAACAAAGCACAAUCUACACGGUUUAGGAGAAGCGGUGUGGCUUUUCCUAACGACUCCCUGGUACCCGUCGACAGACCGGGAACCAGUGAUCUUAUCAUCAGAGGUUUUUGUUUCUUUCAUUGUUGGUUUUACUCCUUGUUUGCACUGUGAAGUUUAGAGCGGUGGAUGUAUCACUGCAACGCCUCGGCCUUGUCUCGCACGAGAACGUCCCCCUUCUCGGCCUCUAAUCACCAGGAAACUCAUCCGCGACUUCUCUCCCCCUGGACGUGAUUAUCAGACGCAUAAAAGCCUACGCUGACAACCCAAGCUAAUCAGAAGCUACCUAGUUUUCUCCACGUAAACAAAAGCAGGGGCGAUGGUGAAGGCUGAGGCAAGAUCUGAGACGUUGCGCUGGAUAGCUCCACCACAGAGAUAUAUGUUUGUUAUAUUAUGUAAUAAAUUUAUAAUUAAAA